AUGUCUCAAUUAAACAAAAGUAGUAGUUUAUUAUGGUGGAAUCCUCCGAUUGAAGAAUUAAAUUCGAAAUCACAACAAUUUUCUAAUGAUCAAGUUCCUCAUUUUUUAAUUGUUCAUACAACUCCAGCUGAAAUUGUUCCUGAACUUUCAACUUUAAUUAAUACAUCUUCUACAGAUUUAAACAUUCAACCUAGAGAAGAACCUGAAACUUGUACUUUCUCUCAAACACAAAUCUCUUCAUUAAAUCAAUCUCCUAUAUUGAAACAACAACAACGUCUUUCUCAACCACCUCAACUUACCCUCAUUCAUCAACCAACAAAUAAUAAUAAAUCAAUUAAUACCAUUAAUUCUUUUAAUGGCAUUAAAAUUUCGGAUAACAACAUAUCUGAUAAUAUUAACAACAUGUCUGAUAUUAUCAACAACAACAAAAUAUCUGAUAGUAUGACGAAAAAUCAAUUAUCUUCAUCUUCAAUUCACUCCACUCAUCCCAUUCGUCCCAUUCAUCCCAAUCAUCCCACUCAUCUCACUCAUCCCACUCUGGGAAUUGAUUAUAAUUCACCUAAUGAUUCAUCAAUUCCAUCCGAUAAUGGAAAUGAUAGUCAAGAUUCUUCUUCUCCUACUCCUAUGGAACUUGGAUUUGAUAUUACUGCCACUAUUAUUACAACUUCCUCUUCUUCAUCUUCUCUCUCUUCCUCUCUCUCUUCUUCUCUUUCUACUUCUCUCCCUUCCUCUUUACAACGUCAAUCAUCUACUUCUCACUCUCACAAACAUAUUGGUCGUCCUCGACGUCACGAAACGAUUGUAGACAAUUUACAUGGUACAAAUGUUGCUGACCCUUAUAGAUGGUUAGAAGACCCUCACUCCGAAGAAACAAAGGCAUUUGUAGAAGCACAAAAUACUCUUACGUUCAAGUACUUAGAUACUUAUCCAUACCGCGAAAAUUUUCGAGAAGCUUUAACCAAAAUUUAUGAUUAUGAAAAAUACGGAGUCCCAUUUAAGAGAGGUAAUAAUUAUUAUUAUUUUUAUAAUACAGGUUUGCAAGCGCAAAGUGUUUUGUAUCAAUUAAAAAAUUCUCUAGAUUCUCCUCGUGUUGAAUUCUUCAAUCCAAAUACUCUUGAAGAGGAUGGAACUGCAUCACUUAACUUUUACUCAUUUUCAAAAAAAGGAAAUUAUUUUGCUUAUGGUAUCUCAAAAUCAGGAAGUGAUUGGGCUACUAUUUAUGUAAAACGCACAGAUCUUGAAUUAGGAGGAAAAGGUCAAUUAAAUGAUGUUAUUGAAUGGUCUAGAUAUAGCGAUUGCACUUGGACUCAUGAUGAAGCUGGUUUUUUUUAUUUGAAAUAUCCUCAACCUGAAAAAGGUGAUGAUAAAGGUACCGAAAACGAUAUUAACAAAAAUGCCAUGCUUUAUUAUCAUAAAAUCGGGACACCACAAUCCAAAGAUAUUCUUGUUUAUAAGGAUCCAAACAAUCCUAAUUUUAUGUUUAAUCCAACUGUCAGUAAAGAUGGAAGAUAUAUUAUUAUUACAGUGUCAAAGGAUAGUAAUAAAAUGAAUAAAUUAUGGAUUUGUGACUUGGAAAAAACGAAUUAUCAAAUCACUAAUUCAAAUGCUCCUCGUGAUAAAGUGGUGAAAUACGAUUUAGCUCACCCUGAACAAGGAUUUAUUGACUUUAUAAAAGAAAAUUCACAAGAUGUUCUCUCGCAUACCCUCGUCGUGGCUGAAACAAAUUUGAUUCUAAUCUAUAUGCAUGAUGUUCAUGAAAUAAUAUGUAUACAUGACUUAUCCACCGGCAAACAUAAAACUAAUUUAUCAAUUCCAAUUGGAACUGUAUCUUCUAUUAGUGGAAGGGAAGAAGAUACUGAAUUUUUCUUUAAGACUGUUAAUUUUUUGAAUCCAGGAAUUAUUUACAAAUACGAUUUCAUUAAAGAGAGUUUGACAGAAUACAAGAGAACAAUUGUUGAAGGAUUAAAUAGUGAAUUAUUCGAAACAAAACAAGUAUUUACUGAAAGUAAAGAUAAAACAAGACUUCCAAUAUUUAUUGUUGCUCCUAAGAAUCUCAAAUUGGACGGAAAUAAUCCAACUUUUUUGUAUGGAUAUGGUGGAUUCAAUGUAAGUCUGACACCAAGCUUUAGACCUUCUUGGAUGACAUUUGCCCAAAAUUAUAAUGCAGUUAUAGCUGUUGCUAUUAUCCGUGGUGGUGGUGAGUAUGGAGAAGAAUGGCAUAAGUCAGGAAUAUUAUUAAAUAGACAAAAUACGAAUGAUGAUUUUCAGUCAAUUGCAAAAUGGUUAAUUGACAACAAAUAUACAAGACCUGAAAAGUUAGCAAUUAACGGUGGAUCAAAUGGUGGUUCGCUUGUAUCUACAUGCAUCAAUCAGGCACCUGAAUUAUUUGGUGCUUGUGUAUCUGAUGUGGGGGUUUUAGAUAUGUUGAGAUAUCAUAAAUUUACUAUUGGUUAUUAUUGGAAAGGUGAUUUUGGAGAUCCCGAGAAAAAAGAAGAUUUUGAAUAUAUUUACAAGUGGUCUCCACUUCAUAAUGUACAAAAUAAAAAGCCAUAUCCUGCAGUAUUGUUAUCCACAGGAGAUCAUGAUGAUAGAGUGUAA